AUGGGCGUGGCCGCACCUGUGCCUCGCACUCCAUGCUUGAACGGCUGCGAUUUACUAACGACAGCGGCCAAUGCACCCGCGAGUGUCCGCCGCCUCGUUAACGCAUCCCGUCGCGCCAUUCUUAUCGCGGCCAAGGAACAUGCCAACAGGCUGGUCAGCGAGGGCUUCCCGGAAUAUGCAGAGUUCAGAGCUAGCCACAACUGGCUUCGCACGGUGAAGGAGAAGAUGGGGUUACAAAGCGUAUCCGUACACGACGAAGGAGGCAGCGUGGAUGAAACGGCCGCUGCCACUGCCAUGGAAGCCUUUCAUGCGGAACUUGGUGCUCACGGGGUUGACGACCCAGACUGCAUCAUCAAUUGCGAUGAGACAGUGCUGUGCUGGAAGCAGAUUCCGAGCUAUCGCUACACUAUGCCUGACAGCAUCUCCGCGUCGAGUGCCACGAAGCAUCUGAAGGAUCAAAAUCGUGCCACGCUGAUUUUGGCCACCACGCUCUCUGGUCUGAAGGUGCCCCUCACACUCAUCGGCAAGCCGCAGCACCCACCUUGUUUUGACUAUGACCCACCCAAUAAUGGUGACACGAGGACGUACUUCAGCCAGAAUCGCGCCUGGACCGACCGCGCGACGAUGUUGCGCUGGCUGAAGGAGGUGCUGAUCCCCUGGAAGAGAAGCAUCGUUGGGACCAAAAAGAUUGUUCUGAUCUGGGACAACGCUCAUUCGAUUGAUUCGGCAAUGUUAGACGGUGUUUGUGGGCCCGACGAACUCGCGAUCGUAUGCCUUCCCGCCAACUUGACCGCGCGUCAUCAACCACUAGACGCUGGCAUCAUUGCUGCAUUUAAGACGCGAUACAAAGGAGAGCUGCUUCGUCGCUACGCGGAGCUGGCGGCGAGUGCAGAGAGCUUCCAAAGUUGUCGCCAGCGGGAGGCCGAGCUACAACGAGAUUGUGGCAUGGAAAUGCAGCUCUCUGGCAUCAAAUUCGGUCGGAUGCCGUCAUUGUCUGAUGCCCUCGAUCUGAGUCUGGCCACAUGGGAAACGCUUUCCACAGACACCAUCAUUAAUUGCUGGUUAAAGGCAGCCUGUGUUCCCCUCGCCAUUUCGACGCAGGUGCUGCGGCGCACUGAACAGGGUCGCAACUAUCUGAUGGAGUUGCAGAGCGAUCCCGCUUCCAAACUGGCUGCAGAUUGUGGCUAUGACGACGCUCUGGAUGUCGCAAGUAUUGUCGACAGGAUGGCCCUUGUCAGCCUCUCCCUCUUGCGUUGCGAUGGGUCAGAGUUUAAUGACCUACAAUUGCCACCGACAGUCCAGGCAGAAGCGGACAGCGAGAGCGCGGCUCGAUAUCAAAUUGCACUCGAGGACACUGAAGAGGCGGCUGUUGCCAUGACCCAGCUCGCUCUUGCCGACAACGAAGUUGAUGCGGCUCGAGAAGCAGAGGCGGAAGUGAAGAUGGAAGCCACUAGAGUUAAAAGAGCCUCGGAGUUACUGACCUCGAUCGAGACAUUGACAGACCGCUUGGACAGCCAACUGCAACAACUUGCAAGGGUGGCACCCCAAAAGCUACCUGCUGGCUAUGAUGACUGGCACCGCUUCCAUCGAUCCGUGCAAAGUCCAAAAGACCCUUUCAAGGCCAGCAAACAUACAUCCAAGACCACUUUCGUCGUGCAAGCACACGGUAGAAGGAGCAACGUGUGUGUGUGUGUGUGUGUGUGUGUGAAUUGA